AUGGGGUUCGUCCACUUCCUCACGGAGUUCCGCCGGAUGCAGAUCGAGAAAGCCUCGCGCAAGGGGCGCCAGCACCGGGAGAGCACGCGCAGCGCCUUCACCCGAUGCGCGCAGCAAAUGGCGGGGAAGUUUGCGGUGGUGCCAAAGCGCCUGGUGAACCUGGCCAACGCCAUUUUGGACACUGCCACACGCUUGCGGAAGUUUCUCCCCGAGGGAUCGAUGCUGCUGAAACAGCUGGAAGACCUCAUGGCGUUGCUGCAGGCCGGGGACCGCAACUAUGGAUCGCCGGAGGCUGCGGAGGCGGCGUUGCCCAAGGUCUCAGACCUUUUCUGCGCUGACGUCAUGAAGCUGAAGGCGCUCUUGGUGAUGGCCUUCACGCCGCAGUUCAUGCAUGGCAGCACGAAGGUUCGUGCGCCGGAGCAGGUCCAAGUGUAUGCCAAGAAAAAGAAGCUGCAGGAGAAGAACAAGAUGGAGAUCCUUCUCCAAGAGAUCGUUGAGUUUGGGCUCGACCCCACGAGGACCGUGGCUUGCGUGCUGGAGCAGCCCCGCUGGAAUAGCGGGCGGUCCAACCCGCGCUUUGGGGACGAUCUCGCCCUGACAUUGGAGAUGAUCACCGGGGAGAAGGUUCAGAUGGUCAUGGCCAAAGACAACCGAGUGCUGAUCUCCUUUGGACUGGAGGACAAGGAUGAGGAGAACAGGAAGGCCAACCCUUUCGCCAACUUGGAGGUGGAGCCCUGCUGCACCCUCGGCGAGGAGCCGGGGCUCAUCAAGGAUAUCGCCACGGGGGCGCACUACAUCGACCUCUUCGGCGCUGGGAGGUGGAAGUUCCCGGUGCACUUGCUCAGCACCUACAAGAGGGAGAUGGAGGAGAAGCGGAAGGCGGAGGCCGCUGCGAAGCGGAAGGCGGAGGCGGAGGCGAAGAAGAAGGCCAUCGAGGAGAAGAAGGCCGAGGAGAAGCGGAAGGUCGAGGAGCGCCAGGCCGCAAAGCGGCGAGCCGAGGAGGAGAGGAAGGCUGAGGAGGAGAAGCAGGCAGCGGCUGAGGCAGCGGCGGAAGCAGCGGCGGAAGCGGCGGAAAGGGCAGAGGAAGCUGGAACGGCAGCGGUGCCGGAGGAAGCGAAGACCGAGCCGGAGAAGAAGGAAGAGGCCAAGUGGCCCCUGGUGCAGGGUCCAGGCGCCGAUUUUUCAGCGUCCCAAGACUUCGCCACUCUGGCGGAUCUCAGGAAGGCGCAGAAGAGGGUGGAGCAGGUCCUUCAGGAGAGAUCCGAGUUCCAUUUGAGCAAGGACAUGGUGCCGGAGUUGGACGACCUCCGGCGGAAGAACAUCUUUUCGGAGAAGGAGAUCAGGCCAUUGCCGAACUUGACCUGCAGAUGA